GCAGUCCUCCCAGGUUCCUAGAGCGGACGCGACGAUGGCUGGUUCGCGGGGUGUGAGGUUUGACCGCAACCUCAGGAUCGAGUCGAGAAUGUUUCUGGCAGUCCAGUCUCAGAAAUUACAUCUCUGGUCUGCACAAUGAUACCCUUCCAAGCCCAGUGGUGCCCAGUUGCCUCCAGGUCCCAGGCCUUUAUGUGGACGAGAAAAGCUUACAGAGUAAAUGGUAAUUCUCCACUUGCUCCCUGACAUGUGCAGUUGCGGCCCAUGGAGAUCCAGCUCAAUUGUGAACCUCAAGAAUACCACCUUCAGUCAGAUGAAAAGACCAAUACCAAGAUCAGAAAGCCAGUUUCAGAAGAGGAAAUUACAGCAAAAAUUGAACCACUGACUGAAGCGUCUGGCAACCUACGAGAGAAUGUUCUCCAGGAUUCUGAAGACAGAAAAUUCUGUGAAUUUGGGGAUAAGUUAAAGGAAAAGGAACAGAACCUCUUUAAAAGAAGACAGCAUAACUGUGAUGAAUGUGGGCAAAGCUUUGUUUGGAGUACAGGCCUUUUUAGGCAUCAAAGGACCCAUUAUGAGAAACCCUAUGAAUGUGAUAAGUGUGGAAAGACCUUUAGUGUGAGCUCAGCCCUGGUUCUGCAUCAGAGAAUUCAUACUGGGGAGAAACCCUAUGCUUGUCAUUGGUGUAUUAAAAGUUUCAAUCGGAGCUCAGACCUUAUCAAACAUCAAAGAGUCCACACUGGUGAAAAACCAUAUAAAUGUGAUGAAUGUGGGAAAGGCUUCAGUCAGAGCUCAGAUCUUAUUAUACAUCAGAGAAUCCACACAGGAGAAAAACCCUAUCAGUGCAGUCAUUGUAGUAAAAGUUUUAGCCAGCGCUCAGACCUGGUUAAACAUCAAAGAAUCCACACUGGAGAGAAACCUUAUACAUGUAGCCAAUGUAACAAACAUUUUAGUCAGAGUUCGGAUGUUAUAAAACAUCAAAGAAUCCACACUGGUGAGAAACCGUAUAAAUGUGAUGUGUGUGAGAAAGCCUUCAGUCAGAGCUCAGAUCUUAUUCUACAUCAGAGAAUCCACACUGGGGAGAAACCAUAUCCAUGUAAUCAGUGUAGCAAAAGUUUCAGUCAGAAUUCAGACCUUAUUAAACAUCGAAGGAUUCAUACUGGAGAGAAACCCUAUAAAUGUAAUGAAUGUGGGAAAGCUUUUAAUCAGAGCUCAGUCCUUAUUUUGCAUCAAAGAAUUCACACUGGAGAGAAACCCUAUCCAUGUAAUCAAUGCAGCAAAACCUUUAGUAGGCUUUCAGAUCUUAUUAAUCAUCAACGAAUUCACACUGGAGAGAAGCCUUACCCAUGUAAUCAGUGCAAUAAAAUGUUUAGUCGAAGAUCAGAUCUUGUUAAACAUCAUAGAAUUCAUACAGGUGAGAAACCCUAUGAAUGUGAUGAGUGUGGGAAAACCUUUAGUCAGAGCUCCAACCUUAUUCUUCAUCAGAGAAUUCACACUGGAGAGAAACCUUAUCCAUGUAGUGAUUGUACUAAAAGCUUUAGUCGCCGUUCAGAUCUUGUUAAGCAUCAAAGAAUCCACACUGGAGAGAAACCAUAUGCAUGCAGUCAGUGCAAUAAAAGUUUUAGUCAAAGCUCAGACCUCACUAAACAUCAGAGAGUGCACUCUGGUGAAAAGCCCUAUCAUUGUGACAGUUGUGAGAAAGCCUUCAGUCAGAGUUCUGACCUUAUCCUUCAUCAGAGAAUUCACACUGGCGAAAAACCAUAUUCUUGCACAGAGUGCAGCAAAAGUUUCAGUCAGAACUCAGAUCUCAUUAAACACCAGAGAAUCCACACUGGGGAAAAACCAUAUAGAUGUAAUGAGUGUGGGAAGGCUUUCAGUCAGUGCUCAGCUCUUAUCCUACACCAGAGAAUCCACACUGGGGAGAAACCAUAUCCAUGUGAUCAGUGUGGCAGAAGCUUUAGUCGGCGCUCUGAUCUCACUAACCAUCAAAGAGUGCACACUGGUGAAAAGCCAUAUAAAUGUGAUGCAUGUGGGAAAGCCUUCAGCACAUGCGCAGAUCUUAUCAAACAUCAGAAAAUCCACACUGGGGAGAAACCCUACCAGUGUAUUCAGUGCAGCAGAAAUUUUAGUCAACUCUCUGAUCUUACUAGUCAUGAGAAAGUUAAUUCUGGAGAAGAUAGUCUAAAUGUGAUGAAUGUGGGAAAACCUUUAGAGUACACAUCAACUUUGUUCAGUACCAGAGACACCAAACCAGGAAAAAAAUCUUAUGAAUGCUGUUGAUGAUGCUGGGUUUUAAUCAAUGUUCAACUCAUGCUUCAUUAAAACCACACUGGGAGAAAGCAUUAAUUUCAAUUUUUAUAGUGAAAGUUUAAGUUGGAGCUCAGAAAUUACUAAAAUUAAGAAAAAUUCUGAGAAAGCAUCCUGCGAGUUGUGGAAAAACCUUCAAUGUGAAUAAAAUUUUUACUGAAUGUCAGUAUGCAACAAUAGAAACAUUCCUAUCUUUGCUAUAAUGUAGGAAAAGCUCUAGAAAUGUAUAACAUUGCAGAACUUAUCAGAUAUUACAAAAAUCAUGGUGGGAAAUGUUUAAUCAGAACUUAGAAGGAAUGUAUUAAUAUUAAAAUUGCAAACCUUUAGUGAGCUCAAAUUACCAAUAUCAGAAAUUAUUUCAGAUACUGUAGGUAAAACUUAAACCCCCUCUAUAUCUUAAUUGGCAUUUACUUGUAUACUGAUGUAUUACUUAUCCCCGACAGCUAGAGUCUUGCC